CAGAGUGUCUUCACGGCUAACGUCAGUCACGCAUUCACAUCCGCUGGAUGGCAAAAGUGCGGGCUCUAGGUACAAUUCACAAGACUGGCAAGACUGACUGGGCAAAAUGGCAGAAGUUGGCGAGGAGGGUGAUGUGGCUUUUCCAUCGUCCCUCUGUAAAUGUUCGGAAAAAAAGGGAAUUCACGUACAUUGCCAAUGUAGUAACUGCAAAGGGAAGGCAGUUGUUAGGAGAACGCAGCUAAAUCACCUAAGAUUAGAAGCUAAAAAGCGAAAGUUACCAUCCGAGAACCCAGAAGUGACCAGUUCGACCAGUUCAGACACAACUACACAAAAUCUGACUGAGCAAGUUCAACCUUAUAACAUUGGCAAGGAUCCUACUGUUGCAUCUUUUAUGUAUGUUGAGAAUCCAAGCUGUUCUUCCUUAAAUUAUGCAGAGCAACCAAUGAGUGAUAAUGAUGAUGACUCAUCAAUUAAUGAAGAUGAAGUGCAAAGAGAUGGUGAUGACUCAUCAAUUAAUGAAGAUGAAGUGCAAAGAGAUGUUAAUAUGGAUGCAAUCGUUCAUGCAAUUUUUUAUGCCCUUGAAUGUCUUGACCAAAUGAAAGGAUCACUCAAAAGCUUUGAGGACUUGUUAUAUUUUGCCCGAGCCAUGUACUGCAAAGGUGCUCAAAUAAACCCUCUUGAUGAAAAUGUUAUGAAACAGUGGCCAAAAACAUGGAAUGAAGCUAAGAAGGUGCUCUCAGAUCUAGGUUACAGUGAUGCAAAAGAAUAUUUCAUAUGCUUGAGUGAUGAGCAUCCCUGCCAGUGGGAUAUAUUGGAGAGUAAAAAUGAUGUGUGCAGACACUGUGAAAACAACCCAACCAUCCCUUAUUAUUAUUUUGGUUUAAAAGCAAAAGUUAAACUCUGGGUAUGUGACAAAUCAAUGUGUCAUAAAAUGACAGCACACUGGAGGGAAAAAGAACACUGGCUUGGAAGAGAUGAAGGGUGGCAUACAAAGAAAGAACUAUGGGAUGGUGAUCGCUUUGCUGAACUCUCAUGGUUUUUCGACAGUAAAUCAAAAUGGUGCUUACCAGUGAGAUGUAGAACAGAAGCAUGUAAGAAUAUCAUAAGUGGUGAUACUAUUGAAUCAUUGCAAGAAAGACCUGACGGUAUGAAAGAGAUAAUGUGCGAAGAAUGUCACUCUUCCUUUAUGUUCCAACCAAAGUAUACUGUUGGGGACCCAAGAAAUAUUGCAUUAAUAGCUCACUGGGAUGGUUUUCAACCAUUUGGAUCAAAUAGAAGAAGUGCAGGUGCAAUUGAAGUAGCAAUAGCAACAAUGUCUAAGCUUGAUCGUGCAAAUACACAAGRGRUYUAURCAGYCGGUUUURUUCCUUCCUACCUUUUGCCUGACAAGAGAGCCAAUUCAUUAGAUCCCUUCCUUGAUCCCCUGGUUACAGAUUUGGAAAAUGGGUUCAUUGAAGGUGAAUACCUUGCAGCACAAAAACAUUAUUAUUAUCCUGGCUUCAGAAAGAACUACCGAUUUCCUAUAGAAAAAAGAGAAAUCAUGGAAGAAUUACCUGCAAUGGAGGAGAUAGAACAGGAGGAGAGAGUAACUGUAGCUGGGACCAGRUCAAGAGAAAGUGGAUUCACAGGAUUAUCUCAGUUACACCGUUUAUAUCCAYUUUACAAAUUUGAUGUCCUCCAGGAUUUGGUAUUUGAUGUUAUGCACCUGGUACCUCUUAACCUGGUCAAGAGACGGCUAGAGUACUUACAAAUUUAUUGGUUGAUGAAAAGGAUCUUCAAACAAACUUAG